UGAACCAGUACGUUAAACACCCACUGCUCACUCGGGCGCUCACAGUAGCUCGGAACGAAUCCCAUUAGUCAGUGGGUAAACAGAAUGUGAAUCGGGUGGCAGUUUCCUCAGACGUGACCAAAUAUUUCCCCAGAAAUUUCACUGUAUCCAAGACAUCCCUGACUGCAUCGGGGAUCCUUGCACACCAGGAACUAGGCAGGAAAAUGGGUCCAGCGACUACCAAAGUCACUUGGAUGCUUCUCCUCGUAGUAACUCUCAUUGGAGUGAUACAGCAAUGUCAUUCGGCAGUCGGAGUUGAUCAAUUCCAGUUCGAGAAUUCCAUCUACACAGUGGCUGAAGAUGUUGGCAUGGCAACAGUCUAUGUACUCCGGAUUGAACCUCAUAAUUCAUCAAGUCCACAAGUUGAUGUUGCUACUUCUGAUGGCACAGCUACGAAUGGAGUUGAUUAUAUAUCAAAAACUGACACCCUGAGCUUCUCGCCAACAAACAACCGAGUGCCCUUUAGUGUUUCCAUUGUAAAUAAUUCUGUGGAUAACUCUGGUUCCGACAUACGCUGCUUCACCGUGAGCUUGACGAAUCCAAAUCCAAGUAGUGGCCAACUUGGCCCAAAUGCACAAGUCUGCAUUCGUGACAACAAUAAUUUUUUUGGUGGUACCUGCCCUCCAAUGGAAGCUGUCAUUGAAUCAAAUGGAGAACCUGUUAUUGAGGCCAGUGUGACCAAUAACAGCGCUACAGCCGUAGUCUCAUGGACAGACCCGACCACCACCACUGGGAUGAACAUGGUGUACAAUUGCUUCCUUUCAAUGAGCUCGUCUGGCACUGAAUGUAUGAAUGGAGGUGCCUUCCCCAUCACGACCACGAUGGCAGAUAGCAACGGAAGGAUUCGCGUCCAGUACACAGUCUAUGGAAGUUUUUCCCCGCCUAUAGUCAUUCAUGACUGCGAGUUUUAUCUGCGUGUUCUUGAUCCAAUACCACCAACGAUUAGCUGCCGAGCCAUUGCCCCAGUACCUGCCGGGGAUGAUUUCAUGAAUGGCACUGCUUACUGGAUGGUGCCAGAAGGCAGAGACAACUCGGGACAAGUCACAACCACUGGGCCAAUGGUUACACCUCCCGUGGUUCUGGACAUCGGCACCCACACGUUUACCUAUACCGCGACGGACAGCUCUGGAAAUGAAGCGUCGUGUUCUGUCAACGUCACAAUCACAGAUCUGACAGACCCCGUGAUAGAAUGCCCAGCAAACAUUACCACGGACACAGAUUCAAUGGAGAGGUUCGCAACUGUAAUGUGGUAUGCGCCAAAUGUGACCGACAACUCUGGGGAAACUAUAGAACCUUUACUGAGUCAGCCCUCGGGAUCCCAGUUCGAAAUUGGCAACCACGAGGUCAUUGUGAAUGCAACAGAUUCCCAGGGUAACACCGGCAAUUGUUCCUUCAUUGUCGAGGUUCAAGAUAAUGAGCCUCCUACCAUUAUGUGUCCAGCCAAUCAAACUAAUGCCACUGAUUUCCGAGCUGCUGAUGUCACACUUCCACUGCCUGAUCCAGACUCGGCUUCUGACAACUCAGGCCAAUAUAACAUCACCAUUGAUGUCGCUGGUACAACAUAUUGUGUCGGUGACAGUGUGACCUUUGACCUGGCUACUGGUGAACAUUUACUGCAGUACUUCAUUACUGACGAUGCCAUGCAUAAUGAUACAUGCGACGUGUACAUUACUGUGAUUGAUACUGAGGAUCCUCAAAUUACCUGCCCUUCACUUGAACCUAUUCGUACUGAUCCUGGCUUGGACACUGCCAAUGUAACCUUUGACCCCGCCAAUGUGACUGAUAACUCCAUGCUGUCUAUUACACCUGUAGCCAAUCCAAUGUCAGGUUCAAUCUUUCCUAUUGGUGCCACUCCAGUACAGUUCAAUGCUACAGAUGAGAGUGGGAACACUGCCUCCUGUAUGUUUACCGUGACAGUACAAGAUAAGGAGAAUCCUGAACUCAACUGUACCAAUUUCACAUAUCCAACGUCACCUGGUUUGCCGUCUGCUUCCAUAGACUUUAUUGAACCUACAGCCACUGAUAAUGUAGAAGUGUCAGUCGUAAAUUGCUUCAAGGACGGGGGUCCUGUAGCCGCUGUACUCAGUGUUAAUAUUGGUACAGAGAGUGUGACUUGUGUAGCUCGGGAUAACAUGAACAAUAUAGUCUCAUGUGAAGUCUUCAUCACUGUUGAGGACACUGAAUCUCCCAACAUUACCUGUCCUGCCAACCGGAAUGUUUCCACUGAUGGUGGUCAAGAUUUUGCCACAUUAAUCUUGCCCUCUCUGGACUCCAGUGUUGAUAACUCAGGAUAUUUCAAUGUCUCCAUUGAUGUUGCCGGUACCCAGUACAAUGUUGGUGACCCUGUCAUGUUGAGUUUGGCAGAGGGUGUGCAUUUGGUGGAGUACACUGCAACCGAUAAUGCCACAAACAGUGAAAUGUGUAACAUGACUGUCACUGUUAUUGAUGGUGAAUCGCCUAAUAUCACGUGCCCUGCCAACGAGACAGUUCCCACUGAUGGAGGCCAAGAUUUUGCCACAUAUGAAUUACCUCCUCUGAAUGCUAGUGUUGACAACUCAGGAUACUUCACUGUCUCUGUUGACGUUGCUGGCAUGCAAUAUGAAAUUGGUGACAGUGUUACCCUGAAUCUGACUGAGGGCGUACAUUUAUUGCAAUACACUGCCACUGAUAAUGCCACAAACAGUGAAAUGUGUGAUGUGUACGUCACUGUGACAGAUGAUGAAAACCCUAUGAUAGAAUGCCCAGGCGACAUUGAAGUAGAUGCUGACAUGGGAGAGAACUUUGCCAUUGUGGAUUGGUUUCCACCCAAUGUGACUGAUAACUCAGGGGAAUCCAUAACACCGAUGCUGAGCCAUUCUUCAGGAGAUCAGUUCGGAAUUGGUCCAACCAUAGUGAUUGUCAAUGCUACAGACUCUCAUUCAAACACUGCUUUGUGUAACUUCACUGUCAAUGUUCUAGAUAAUGAGCCUCCUACCAUUAUGUGUCCAGCCAAUCAAACUAAUGCCACUGAUUUCCGUGCUGCUGAUGUCACACUUCCACUGCCUGAUCCAGACUUGGCUUCUGACAACUCAGGCCAAUAUAACAUCACCAUUGAUGUCGCUGGUAAAACAUAUCGUGUCGGUGACAGUGUGACCCUUGACCUGGCUACGGGUGAACAUUUACUGCGGUACACGAUUUUUGAUGCUGCCAUGAAUAAUGAUACAUGCGACAUGUACAUCACUGUGAUUGAUACUGAGGAUCCUCAAAUUACCUGCCCUUCACUUGGACCUGUUUCUACUGAUCCUGGCUUGGACACUGCCAAUGUGACCUUUGACUCGGCCAAUGUGACUGAUAACUCCAUGCUGUCUAUUACACCUGUAGCCAAUCCAAUGUCAGGUUCAAUCUUUCCUAUUGGUGACACUCCAGUACAGUUCAAUGCUACAGAUGAGAGCGGGAACACUGCGUCCUGUACAUUUACUUUAACAGUAGAAGAUGAUGAAAUCCCCAUGAUAGAAUGCCCAAGCGACAUUGAAGUACAUGUCGACAUGGGAGAGAACUUUGCCACCGUGGACUGGUUUCCACCCAAUGUGACUGAUAACUCAGGGGGAUCCAUAACACCAAUGCUGAGCCAUUCUUCAGGGGAUCAGUUCCCAAUUGGUCCAACCAUAGUGAUUGUCAAUGCUACAGACUCUUAUUCAAACCUAGCUUCAUGUAACUUUACCGUCAAUGUUCUAGAUGCUGUACCGCCCAAUAUUACUAGUUGUCCGGGAAACGACACCGUCUCUACCAGGCUUGACAGUCCCUAUGGGUUUCCCACCUGGAUGGAUCCUACCGCCGUAGACAACUCUGGUUCCGUCGUGGUAAAUUGCUCCAAACAGUCUGGAGACGCGUUUGAUAUUGGAAUUACGACCGUCGUUUGCACAGCCGAGGAUCCAAGUAAUAACACAGAUAUGUGUUCAUUCAUCAUUACAGUUGAGGAUAACCAGUCUCCUACUGUGAUAUUCUGUCCGGGAAACAUUAACAAGCAGACUGACCAAGGCCUAGCCACAGCCAUCACGACUUUUGGACAACCGACAGGAGCAGAUAACGACGGGAUACCAAUUGUCCCAGUCGGUUCCCACACAAAUGGUUCUGCAUUUGACCUUGGAGUGACCCAAGUCUCGUUCUCCUUCAUGGAUUCCAGCGGUAACGUUGCAUAUUGCAACUUCACCGUCACAGUCGUAGAUAAUGAAGUUCCUGUCGUGGAGAAUUGUCAAAGUAAUGUCACACUGUAUGUGCCGUCCAACUCAAACCAGCUGAGAGCAAUCUGGCCAUUCCCCAAAGCCACUGACAAUGCAGGACCACCAAUGGUCUUCAAUGCCACCUACACGGAAAUCACAGUGGUGAGCCGGAGUCCUGUUUAUGUUACCAUUGACUGGCAAGUUGGGUUUGAAACGGUCACCCUCUUCCACAUCGGAUGCUAUCGGAGUGUCAUCAGAGUACAGGAUGACGCUGGCAACGUUGCCGAGUGCAACACCACAGUGUGGAUUUUUGAUUUAAUCCCGCCUGUGUUUGACGUUUGCCCCCCUGUACUUGAUGUAAGCUAUCCAACCGACAUGAACCUCCCAUCAGCCGUCGUUAAUUGGACUCCACUUAGUGCCAAUGACAACACCGGGGGACCAGUAACACUUGUCCGUAGCCACAUGACAGGGCAGGCGUUUGACAUCGGGGUGACAACAGUGACGGUGAAUGCUACCGAUGAAAGUGGCAACCUGGCGACGUGCGUCUUCAACAUUACUGUGGUCGACAUGCAGCCUCCAUCUAUUACUUGUCCUGGUCCUACCAUCAUGGCUGACACAAACUCCGAUCAAAGUGUCGCUAAUGUAGACUUUACUGCUACCGCCUCUGACAAUAGUGGGAAGUGGAUGUUGUCUUGCACCCCUCCUUCUGGGUCCAGCUUCUCCAUUGGGGUGAGCAAUGUCACGUGUGUUGCCACCGAUUUGGCAAAUAAUCGUGUCAACUGCAGCUUUGCAGUUAUGGUAUCAGUUGGCAUGACUGGAUGUAACAACAAUCCCUGUGCCAAUGAUGGAACGUGCACCCCAGUCGGUAGUAACGGCUUCGUCUGUGCGUGUACGGCAGCCUGGAUGGGCACAACCUGUGAGGAAGAUUUUGACGAAUGCACCUUGGCGGCUAACAUACAGGACUGCUCAAGCAGGGGCAUCCGAUUUUCUUGCGUCAACCAGCUAGGAGGUUACAACUGUAGAUGCAUAAUUGGCAAUAUCACUCCUAGAAACUCCAACAACUGCAUUCUGGGUCGACGUUUUAGGUUUGUUUUCUUCAUCGCGGGGAUCAGUGGCCAGAGGGCAGUGUUUUCCCCUGACCUGAAUGAUCGCACUUCUGUUGCAUUCCUGCGCCUCCGAAGCCGUUUGGAAGUCUUG